AUGGCCGUCGCGGAAAGAAUUAAUGUUGUGCAUCUUCCUCCUGCGCAACGGGCUAAUAGGGGAAUCAUUAAACCUAUCGAUCCUUACUCUAUUCCUAGCAUUCGAGAAUCCGGCUGGUCACCCGCCAUGGAUGCGUUUGCACGAGAAAACGGAUCUAAUCGUCAUAGCGAUUCACUUCGAGAUUUUCUAUCUCACUUGACGCGUAGUAAGCAAGCAUGGCCUUUUCUCGAGCCUGUCGAUGGAGAUAUGGUCCCAGAUUAUUAUAAGACUAUUACGCAACCGAUGGAUUUACAAACGAUGGGUCAAAAAUUAGAUGAAGGGCUUUAUGAUACACCGAAAUCUUUCGUGGAGGAUGUCAAGUUGAUUAUUAGAAACUGCAGAGUAUACAAUAAACCAGGAACAAUCUAUUGCAAGCGAGCAAAUGCACUUGAAAAAUCAAUGGUUGCUUUCAUCAAGGAUAUGCCGGAAUGGUCUGAUUUACUCGAAUAA